AUGGCACUCUUCGCCUCCAAAUUCGCGCCGCUGAUCCCGCGCCUGCGCCGCCUCUCCACGGCGGCGGCGGCCGCCGGCGCCGGCGAGGACCCCAAGCUCUCGCGCAUCGCGGACGACCUGCUGGCGCUCUCCGCGGCCGAGCUCGACGACUACUCGACCCUCAUGCGCCUCAAGCUCCGCCUCUCGCUCACCUCCACCCCCGCCACCGGAGCCGGCCCCGGCGCGGCCGGGGACGCGGCCGCGCCCGCCGAGGAGGCCGCGGCGGUCAAGACCGCGUUCGACGUGAGGAUCGAGAAGUACGAGGCGGCGGCCAAGAUCAAGAUCAUCAAGGAGGUGCGCGCCAUGACGGACCUGGGGCUCAAGGAGGCCAAGGAGCUGGUGGAGAAGGCGCCCGUCGUCGUCCGCGCCGGCCUCCCCAAGGAGGAGGCCGAGGCACUCGCCGCCAAGCUCAAGGCCGCCGGCGCGUCCGUUGCGCUCGACUGAUCUUCUCGAGCCAACCUAAGGUGCAGGGUCCCCAUUUUCGAUUCCUAGCGUGCCCUUCAUAGAUGAUGCAACGGCUGUGUGUGUGUGCGUGGGCUGUGUCUUAUAAUUUUGUUUAAAUUGGAAUUUGUUGGGAUUGGAGCAGUUGGUAGGGGUACAAGAGGAUGCAGGAUUUGCUUCCAUUGUUGUAGCUUAUUAUGACGACUAGCCUCCAAGCAUGCAUAAUCACUGAUAUGUCCUCCUGAACCA